AUGUAUCAUAUUGGGAAAUUGAUGAAUGAUUCGGAGUCUUUAUUGUUAGCCAGAAUUCGGCUAACAAAACAAAGAUACAAAAAUUUUUGGAUGCCAGAGCCUAUUGAAGUCAAUAUGUCUCUCGCUGUGUACCCCACUGGCGAAUACAUAGUUGAUAUGAAAGUUGGAUCGCAAAUUGUACCUCUAUUGCUAGACACCGGAUCACCCCUUAUUUGGUGGCAGUGUGCACCCUGCGAAGAUUGCUUUAAACAAAUAAACUAUCCUGUCUACAAUCAAUCUCUUUCUGAAGACUAUGACCAACAUUUCUGUCCAUCAAUAAAUUGUAUUGAGAAAAGCGGGCGUGGGAUUAGAAAUCAAUGCAUAAACCAUAUGUGUCACUAUAAGAUACAAUAUGGAGAUGGAUCUACUUCUGAGGGUGUUUAUGCCUAUGAAACAAUUUCGGAUGUAAGAGGCAUGUUAGAAAAGCAGAUCAUCUUUGGAUGUGGGGUAAUAAACAAAGGUGCCUUUUACGGGUAUUAUGCUGGAAUCUUGGGAUUCCAGAAUGAUCCAUUAUCUUUUCCAAACCAAAUACAAGCAGACAAAUUUUCUUUCUGUUUCGUGCCUAGUCAGCCCAAAUUUGAUAGAAAAUUUCAAAAGAUGCCAGAUAGUUCCACGUUGUAUCUCUAUGAUUUCCCGUACCUUAACGAGGACACAACAUUUAUUGUGGAACUCACGCACUCAGGUCAACACUAUGUAGAGUUUAUGGGUAUCAAAAUUGAUGAUGUAAUGAUCCCCAUCGAUGCUGCAUUUUGGAAAAGAGAUGAACUAGGUAAAUAUGGUGUAAUGGUGGAUAGUGGUACGACGUUAACAAGAUUUCCACCGAUGGUGUACAAUAAAGUCCGCAAUUCGUUCUUAAAGGGUGUGAAGGGUAAAAUGAAAGCAUUCAAAAUAGAAAGCUUUGACACCUGUUUUUAUUCACCCGGGAGCACCCCUGGGGACUACAUUCCAAAAGUAUCCCUAUGUUUUGCAGACGAAGAUAGAGAGCUUCAACUUGCACCAGAGCAUAUUAUGACUUCAAUUGGACUUAUAAAAGAUACAUAUUGCUUUGCUUUUCUGGAAAUGGAAUCGGAACUAACUAUUUUAGGGAAUCACCAGUUACAACACACAAGAUUAUCUUUUAAUAUGUGGGAUGACGUAGUCAGUUUCACUCCAGAUGACUGUUAA